AAACAUUGUGCUACGCUAUGCACUUGUGAAGUCAACCCUGGCAUGUACUGUUUUUCUCUCUCUUUCCUCUCACCCCUCUCUUAUCUACUCACCCCCUAUCUCCUUUCUUCUCUGUAUUAGUUUUUAAAACCAACGCGCGCAGUUUUAGUGAUACAACAACACCACGUUUAGUAGCCAAACGUCGCCCAAAUAAUGUUUUUAUACGCCGAAGUAUAAGUGAAAGUACAAAUAGCUAAAGCUACACGAGCUCACUGAAAUACGACGCGAGAAAGAUUUUGGGGACAAGAUAUCCUUCAUGUUGUGACAUACCAGUGAUGGGGCAGAAUCACACCCGGUGACAUGGCUUGUACAAGGCAAUCCGCUUUAGAGUACAUUCAAAAUGGAAGGAGACUCCUUGUUGAAAGGCUCCAGAAUCUGUCCCUCAUUGUGGAAAACCUGUUCCAGCGCAAGGUUCUUCAGGAGGAGGAAGUCAGUAAAAUUCAGGCAGAAGUUGACCGUUUUGACCAAACCAGAAAAAUACUGGACUGGGUCACGGCCAAAGGAGAAGCUGCAUGCUACGAGUUACUGAUGAUUCUAGACAUCACAAGGAAGAGGACCUUAGACAACGCUGACUUACAGCAAUGGAUCAGCUGCUUCCCCUUCAAGGAAGACCCAGAGAUGUCAGACUACCUUGUUGGUUCAAAACCCUGUCACAGAUAUCAGUCACAGCUGAAAUGUAAAGCUCGAAAGAUCACAGAGGCUGCAUGGAGACAAAGCUGUAGUCUCCUACCAGAGAGGUAUAGAAAUGAGGUGACUUUCUCUUACACUCCUCUUGUGUUAGAUACAGACGUGCCUUCAUCUCUCUCUAAAAUCGAAACAAAGAGCAAAAGAUGCAAGAAAGCUCGCCCUAAAAAGCUAAAGAGCUUCAUCCCCGUGGCCAAACAGGAAACAUCCCCGACUGACCUGCUUAAAACACCCAAGAGAAGGAUCCUCUUAGUUGGAAAACCUGGAAUUGGAAAGACAGCAGUCGCCCAUCAAAUGUUGAACCUCUGGGCACAGAAAGAUCACAGAGAACUAGAUUACAUGUUUUACUUUGAUGUGAGAGACAUUUCACCCAGCACACAUCCCAUGAGACUGGAGGACCUUCUCUUUAACAUGUACAGUGAGCCAGAAGAAAGUAGAGAAGAAGUGUUACAGGAUAUUAAGAAGAACUCUGAAAACGUUGUCAUCAUUUUUGAUGGAAUCACAGACUCUCCUCUCAUUCGGUGA